AUGCAGCAAGAAGAGCCGUUGCCUAGUCAGCAGCGCCAUGCGCUGCACCUUCAGCUUCUUCUUCCCCCACAUCCCUCGUCAUCUGAGACCGAUAUGUCCUUGGAGGCGUCGCACACUUUGUUUGCGGCGAAGGCGUCCACUGUCGAAUACGCUUCCCGCGCAUUUGUUCGAGACAACGGUUUGGGUUCAGUCGUUAGUCCCCGCCUGCGCAGGUGCCUGACAGAGUACGAUGAGUGCAUCGCCUACCUUCCAGCCAGCGUCACUGACGUCUCGUCUCCGUUGUCAAAGCAGCACGGAGGUGAAGAUGUCUCCACCCUCGCUGAAAUGAGGCAGGCCAACUUGCCCGCGGGGGGCGCUGCUUGGCUGGCGAAGCGCCCUUCGUUUUCCAGUGCGCUGGUGCAGCGACGGGGCGUGGCGUACGGCUCCGACGCCUUUGGGCCUUCCGUGUUUUCGUCGUUCGUCGGCGGCAGGCAGGGAAGCCGGUCCGUCCGAGGGGGUGAGGCUGGUGACCUGGCAGCGAGCAACAGAGAGAGACGUGACACACGCUCUGCACCGCUUGGUAUGGCAGCGAAGCCGGCUGGGGACGGGGAGGCGGCCGGGUGCCCGCUAGGCGACGACCACGCGGGGCUUCACCGGCUUUUGCCGUCCGAGCCGUAUGCCGGCUCCAUGCAUCUGCCGCGCUCUGCGUCUGUGGAUUCUUCCUUCGCUGUAUGCCGGAGGCGCCGAACAGACUUUUUUCGGGAAUCAGGCACCCAGUUUGCGGCUUCACCUUCCGCGCGCGCAGCCUUGGUGCAGGGCGCGUUCCCGUUCCUGAGACGGGGAGGGGAGAGCGUGCGGGAUGUGGAUGACGAAAUGCGGCAGACCAGCCGGACUGAGCCGGGGAAAGUGCAAGACAAUUCCGCACACGCAGAGGAGGGCGCAGCCCGCCCGCAACCGGUCGACAGCUUCACACAUGAGGCUCGACGACGCCAGAAGUGCGAGGAGACGCUCCUGCAGCCCGAUUUUCAUGUCCGCCUUCAAGCGGCGCUGCGCGAACAGGAACUGGGGGCCGUGACCAGCAUUCGCGCGCUACGACAGCAAGAGGCGAAGGAAGAUUCUGGAAACGACUCCCGGUCGGGCUCUGCCAGCGCGUCUGUGCGGGAUGAAGAGGGAGUGCCGGGCGCUGGCUCCGGACGGCUCAGCAGUGGCUCCCGACGCCGCGGCGGGAGAAGCAGACACGGCGGAUCUCGUCCGCAGUCCUCUGGCGGCCCUGGUACGGCGGAGGCGCAGACGGAGCCGGCGAAGAGCGGCUCCGAAGGCGUGCAAGUCUCUGAGGGCACGCGUGACACAGCGGACCUCAGCGGAGGUGUCGCCGGGGGCCAGCACGCAGAUGCGGCGCGAGAAGCGCAAGCGCUUCCUGAUGACGCAGUUAUUCGCAUGCUGUCGUUGUCGGUCGUUCUCGAGGACGCUGCGAAGGCGCCGCCUGAGGGUGUGAGCGGUGCAAAGAAGAUGGCAGCACUGCGCGGGCGCGAAGCAGGGAAGACCGAGCUAGACGAGCGCGCCGGCGAUUCGGCGGGAGGUGACUCCGCUUCAUGUGUGGAUGCGGAGAUGAAGGAGCAAGAGUGCGCGGCGGGCGCUCAAGGCGAGAGCGACGAUGGAAAGGGCCCUGGGCUGGGGGAGUGGAGAGACGAGGGAGCGGUGAAGGCGAUCUACGGCCGCGUAGAGAGCCGGCUGACUCCGACAACGUCGGAGACCGCCGCACGGGCGGACGUCUCGGAUGCUGGCGCCGAAGAAGAAGGGGAUGACUCGACGCUGGAUUCGGAGCCAGGCACCGGCGAGUCGCAGUCCCGCGACGGCACUCCGGUGCUCCGACUCGAGGAUGUGUCCUUGCCCCUGUAUCCCCUAAGCCAAAUCAUGGACUGCUCGCCCUCCACGCCCACCGCGUCUCCACUCUCCGCGGGGUCGCGCUUUGCGCGUCAGUUGGUCUUCAGCGCGGCGCGCUCGCCGCGCGCCGCGCCGUUUUUCUCUGCCGCCCGGCCUGACGCAUCGGGGCUGUCAUCCGUUUCUGCGUUCGCGCCUGCAUUAGGGGCUGCAUCCCAGGCCAUGCCAGAAGUGGAUCACGCAGGGACGGUUGGAGGAGAUGCUCGCAGCGCGGACUUGCGCGGCGGUCGGGGAGAGGCGGGUGACGGCGCAAAGCGCGGGGGGCAGGCCUUCAGCUCUGCGGCCUCGAGACUCGGCGUCGUCGGCUGCGGUGGCUCGCUCGGGGCGUGGCCGACUGAGAAGCGCAGCACAGGCAACGACGGCGAGGGACGCUGCUCUCCUCUGUCGCUGUUCCUUCGGAAGAGGCGCUCGUCCUCUCUGUUCUCUCACGACGGCGAGCUGCUCCUAGCUUCCCCGCUGGCUCCUCCCCAUCCCGACAUCCUCACUCCGAAGAGCCGACGGAAUGCCUGUGGCGCGUCGCUCCUAGUCGGGCCCGCAUCAGCCGGAGGCUCGUCAGCCUUAGAGGGCUCCCUGAACGGCCUUGCAUCGGGGGCUGUAUGUGAGGGGCACGGACUCGGCGGAGCCAAGUUGGCUUCCGACUGCCGCUGCUUCCUUCCAGAUGACUCUCUCUCUCUCUUCCUGGAGACCCGCUCGACGCUGCUGAGUCUCCUCGAGGACUUGCACGAGGCGUGCUGCUGCUGCCACGGCGCGACCACCAAGGCACCCAGCCUUAAGUCCAGCCCCUGCUGCCCGUACCACUUCCCGCUUGCUUUCCCUUCUUCGUCAUUGCCCGUGGUCGGAGCGGCAGGGCUUGCCCCGGCGUCCGCUGCGUCUCCGCAGAUGGACGAUUCGCCGGCGGCCUCCGCCUCUCCCACACAGGCGCAAGGCGUGCCCUUCGCCUCGGCGCCUUGCCCUGCAUCUUCCAAUGCAGUCAAGACGAUGCGGCCGCCUGGGCUGGAGCCGCUCUGCCCGGAUGCCCUCGCAGCCGAAGCGUCCCCGUCGAGUGCCACGGCUGGGUCUCCCAUGGGACCGCGUGAACUUUUUCGAGAAGACGCCCUGAGAGGAGGGGAAACGCCAUCGGCUAUCUGCGUCGCAGGCGUCAAGUCGCCCGGCAAAAUCCGCAUCUUCAAGACCGAGGUCGACAGCUGCAGAAGCCGGGUUUCAGCUGGAGAGAGUGACGAGAAAACCAAGUUCUCAGAGCCGACGGUGCCGAGCGACUGCAGUCCGUGCUGCGCGUCUACAGACGGCACGAAGGAGCAAGGAGCUGGAGCAGGCGAUGGUCCAUGCGCGCCUAUCCAGAAGAAACGAGGACUGCGCGCGCAAGCCACGACAACAAUCAGCACGACGGCGUCUGCCGUUACACCGCUCUGCACACCAACGGCAGCUGAAUGCCUCGGUGUCGACAUUCCGUGCCGAGUGGUCGUAGGCGCCGCGACUCCGGCGGCGAUCAGUCGACUGGGCGAACCGCCGAGCGAAGCGUUCUCGAGCGAGAGAGAAAAGACGCCUCAGCCGCCUGUAGGGGCGUCGAACUCGAAUGGACCAUCCGAGGAUGGCGCCGGCGCGAGGGCGGAAGUGAAAAUCGAACAAGGGUUUUCUGCAGCAGGGGAAGCACAAGCCGAGCGGGGGGGGGAGCCUGAAAAGCUUGGAGAAGUGGCGGCCUCGGCCGAUGGCGCCGUUCUGCACAACGUAGCAUCUGUGGGGCUCUUGCCCGCUCAGGCAAGCCGAGAGGGUCUGGAGGAGGAAGAACGCGCGUCUGUCUCUUCCGGGGCGACGAGGUGCCCUGCCGCAAGUGACAAAAAUGUAGCUCUGGGUGGCCGAUGCAGCCUCGAUACGCCCGCUGCCUCGCCGUCUUCAUCGAACUCUAUGACGUCAGGUGCCUUCUCGUUCAACCCGUUCACAGCUUCAGAACUGGGACUGGAUUCAUCCGCGGAGACCCACAAGGCUCCGAGUGCGUUGUCAGCUUCGCCAGCUUCGUGUUCGUUGUCAGGGGCUUUUCUCCCGCAGCGGGCGCCAGCUGUCUCCCCGUUCGCUGCCUAUUUGUCGCCGUCCACCGUAUCUGCGUCGUGCCAGGCUGGCGCCAUUCCACGGUGUGGGCCUGAACUCCACGCUCUCUUCUUCGAACACACAGACUGUCUCCGCUCUUCAAGGUGUUUCGUGGAACAGCUUGCCUAUGCACACAUUUUCCGUAUAUGUUUCCAGCCUAUCGGUGGCGGCCGGCCGUCCACCUUGUCGCCGCUGCAGCAGCAGUUUCUCGUCCGCGAGCUGUACCUGCUGCGUCAAGAGCCCAACAGGCUUCUUGUUCGAAACGCUUUCCUGUGGACGGGUCAGCCGGGCUGCCAGCACAUUUUAGAUCAGAUGUCUGUUUCUUGUCUCGGUUCCCUGUCCAGCGGAAACCCUUUCAAGAGCCCUUUUUCGGGAGACCGGGACAGGUCGGGGGCUUUCACACGGCACGCCCACCAGCAGGGCGCGUACGGAUGGGGCGGCCUCUACGGCGGGCGAGGCGCGGACGGCGCUCCGGGGGGCCGUAGCGGCGGCGCCCUCGGCAGCGACAAAUUCGGGGCCUGCUCAGACAUUCCUGGCGUGUCUGCCUUUGACGAUCUGCGGAAGAGUGGAGCCUAUGGAGGCGGGCGAGUCUCCACGCGUGGCCAAACAGCUCUCGCAGUGGCAGCAGCUGCGGCAGCGGGCCUCGAGGACGGACUCGAUAGCUCGCGCGACGAGGGGGCAGGGAAGGCGUCUGGUUGCGAAGGAAACGCCCGCAAAGGCAAAACGGCCGGCGAAAGCGAGGACGCAGGCGGAAAGGACGACUCCGUCACCGGGUCGGCACCGCGUCUCUCUAACUCUGCGCCGUCGAAGGCCCUCCUCGAUCCCUCCAUUUUCCUCUGCACAGCGGAUAUGGAGGUGGGCGCGCAGAAGAGUGCGCUUGUGGCCUCGCUGAGGGCUCUGCGUUCCUUGGCACCCUCGUGGGCGUCUCAGGCAGAAGGCGGCUUUGCCUUUCACCUCGAGCGGCUUCUCGAGGUGCGUUCGCUGCACUCGCAGACGCUUCAGAACUACCGCGUCGUCCUCCAGGAGCUCUUUUCUGUCCCGCCGCGUCUUUGGCGAAAGGAGCGCUUGCUGGACGCGCUCCACGACCUUGACUGUCUGUACGCCGUGGCCAAGAGCCGCGCAGAAGAUCGCCAGAAAGCCCACGCGUCGGAGCAAGCUUGCAAGUCUUCGGCUGGAGCUCUUCCCAAGGUAAACGGAGAGUCCGACAGUCAGGACUCGCGGCGAGGCGACGAGGACAAACACGCGAUGUCUCAAGUCUUCGCCAUGGGAGAGGGCCUUGAUCAACGCCCCUGCUCUGUUCGUCCGCUGCACCGCGGGGGCAGACAAGACGGCGGAGGCGGGAGUUGCGCCUGCCUCGGUGAAGAGGGGAGGGGCUCCAGAGCGCUCGACUCGGAGGAUUAUCUCGUGUCUCGUCCAGAGGCAAAGGAUCUCUUUGAAGAGGGUGAUGACGCCGUCUCUACAGGCAGUUCUUUUUUCAAGGGAUCGAGGAGGCGUGGAGAAGAGGCCGGCGAGAGUGUGGCACGAGCUCGGUUCUUCAGAGAGAGGGAAAACGAGCUUCCGCAGCUUUCUUCCGAGGCGUUCAACCCCCGCGAAGGGAAACCGAUAAGCACACCAGGAGGAAGGGGCUCCGCCGACACCGGCUACGUGUUUGCAGAAGACAACGAAGAUGCAUUUGAUGGUGUCGCAGCUGGCGGGAAAGGCUGGGCCUCGAGCUCAGCAGAUGCAGAGACGCAGGCGUUACAGCAGCAUCUCGAGGAACAACUUCAGAAACACGGGCUCAGUGCCAAUGCUCUUGGCAUUGCGCUUACUCAGGUUCUCCGAUCGGGAGGAAAGGAAGUCGCAGUCAAGAUUCUUCAGCGUCUCCUUUCUUCGGGCCAGUCGCCGACAUCAUCCUACGAUGCCCGUUAUGGUCGUCCAGGGGCUGUGGAACGAAUCCACAGACUCCUCCGCCACCUUGUACAGAGCGCUGUCUCGUCGGCGCCAGCUUCCCUCGACAGCCCGCUUUUGGAGGCAAACGAAGUCUCUGUACCAUAUUCCAAUAAACGUGGACUCGCAGCCCAAGGGGGGGAAGCUGACGGCGGCGGCGAUUUCGAGCACAGCCCGCAUCUAGCCCAUCUGAAACAGCGAGGAGACAGGGCGGGCGCCCUGGCCUGCACAGACGAGGACCUCCUGGGAGUCGAAGGAACUGAGAAGAGCGGCGUGGCAAGGCGGGGCAAAGGCAUAGGCCCAGAGCCUUGUGCGAAACGCAUCAAGACAGACAGUGGCGUGAGCCGGCGCCAGGACGGUAUGCCGUCUUCAGCGGACGACGACUUCGGCCCUCUCUCGUCUCUCUCAGCCUCCAAGUGCACCGUUUCUCAAUUGCUGCACGAGCUGUCCUCUGUCUCUUCUCAAAAUGACUCUGGCGCUGGCGGCUCCCGCGCACCUCCGCGCUUUUCUCUGCCGACGACUCGUCAGACCAGCUUGACGUCGGCGGGCCGCGCGGCCUCGCUCAGCCCCUCCGACGUGUCGUUUCAGGUGCUCCCGCGGGAUGCUUCUCCGCCAUCUGGCGAGCGCGGAAGCCAGAAGCCUGCUUCCUCCCCCAGCCAGUUUUCUUCGCGGCGACACGACUCCAAAGACGCCGGGGAGGGCGGGCGCGGGGCUGGGAAGCACGGCGGGGGGUCAGGCUCAGGCCGCGGAGGCCACUCCGGGCGAGACGCAGCAACCGCGCAGAGAGAGGAGCAGGCCGAGAGACUGGAGUACGCCAGACGCGCAGCGACGCUCGAGAAGGUCAAGGGUGUAUUCAUCGGAAAGAAAAACACCUGCUGGGUCGCUCAGUGGACGGACAGCUCUGGUCGCUCUCGUCAAACAUGCUACAACAUCAAAACGCUCGGUUUCGAAGUAGCUCGCCAAAAGGCCAUUGAGGAGAGACAAAGACAAAUGGGUACCGCCCCUGUAGUGGUACAGGGAGGCAGUCGCGGGGCGGACAGUCGCCGGCUCGGUGCAGCCUCCUCGCCGGCGGGGGCGCCGACAAACGGCGGCGCAGGUGUGGGGCCCGGCGGGCCGUCUGGCGGCAUGCUCUUUGCAGCGGGAGCCUCCGCUGUCAACCAGUUGAGGGAGACGGAGGGGUCCGCUGCACCGCGGAACAUCCUCCUCCAGGGGGGGCUGUCCACACCAACCGAGCAAGAGAGCGACGCGAGUGUUGAUCUCCUACGUUCGCUGUCUGCAAACUCCGCAGCGGCAGCCGGCCUCGUGCCGUCUUCCUUGUCCGCGUCAUCGCAGGAAGCUCCUGUGCAGGCGAAUGGCGGAAACGAGGCUGGUCAGUCCCUGAUAUCUUGCCCGCCCCUUUCGCCAUCGUGUCCGACGUCUUCGUGCGAUGACCAGGUCGGCGGAGCAAGCCAAGGGGAAGAGCGCGGCGGAGACUCGAAUGAGCUCGGCUCCCACAUUUCCCCCCGUGGAAGUCUCCAAGCCUCUGCGCCGCCUCUUGUGUUUUCGCCUAUGGGGCCCCUGCCGAUUUCGCCGGCUCUACCGAAGCACUCAGAAGUGGAGAAGGAACAGGAGCUCAACCGGUUGCUAGCUGGUGAAGGAGCGGUCAGCGAAUCGAGCUCGAGCCCAGCGCUCGCCGGCCUGAGCACCUUGCAAGCUGCUGGAUCUGCGCAGGACGGCGCGAGUGUCUCGCCUUCGUUAACAGGCUCCCCUCUUGUAGCGCCCUCCUCGUCUUUGCCAAAGUGCGGCGGAGCUGGCGGUCCUCCAUCGUUGGCCUCCCUUACGGCGGUGUUGGCGCAAGCCUUCCCUAAUCUGGCUUCUGCUCUGUCGCCGGCGGCUUCAGGUAGAAGUCAAGGGGGCGAGCCUCUGACCUCCGUAUCCCCGGAGCACCUGCAGUUGUUUCAGCAGCUCGCUGAUCAGAUCCUGCCUCAUCAACGCUCUCAAGGGUCGCGGAACUCUUCAAGCGCAGCGGGCUUGUCUGGGGACGCUUUCCUGAGCGCGCAAGUUCGUGGAGUGUCACGCACUUCACCAGUCCUGGGUAGCGAAGAGGACCCUGAUGUUCUUUUGGAUGUCGCAGAGUUGGGCGCAGGCCUCUCCCACGCGGCGAGAGGUGUAGAAUCGAAUUUAAGUGGGGUUCGACCGAAUGCGGCGGGACCCCGUUCGUUCAUAUCGAACUCCCAGGUUCCGUCUCCGACUUCCACAGCCCUUUCAUCCUUCUCGUCAGACCCUGGACUCUCUCGGGUGUCAGGUGUGUCAUCGAGGGCCUUAUCGAUGCAGUCCGCAGGCUCGCGGCCUUCAUCAUUGGCUUUCGGAGCGCCGACGUCAGACAGUAUGUCACCGGCUUUCCUGGAUUCGAAUGCGAUGUUUUCCAGACAUGAGUUUCAUCGCAGGCGAGAAAGCGACGUGAUGCAAGAGCAUCCGCCGUCCACUCCCCCAAGCAUGCCGUAUCCGGGAGGGAGUCAGAGCCCGGAAGCGGCUCUCACAGAUAUGUGUGCCGGUUUCGGUGGUGCCAGCGCAGCACGAGGACGGAGGCACCGCGUGGCGUAUACUCACAAGCAAGGACGUCGGACCUACGCAUCUCAGGCACGCGACUUCCCUCGGGUGGACGGCAUCAAAUAUAAUGUGAAGUGCGCGUGCUGGGAAGUUAGCUGCGGGGCAGGCUUUAAAGUCUUCAGUACGCGCAGACUAGGCGGCCUCCAGGAAGCGUACGACCUCGCGGUCAAGUGGAAGCACGAGGUCGACGGCGGUGCAGAGGGUGUCAGCACCCGCCGUCUCGUCGAUAAGAGACCCGCUCGGAGUCCGGGGGUGACGGACCACCCGCAGGGUAUGAUGGCAUUCCUUGAAAACGAAGGCUGUGGAACGUCUCGCGUGUAUGAAGGGGCAGGAGAAGAAGACGAGGGAGAGGAUGAGGAAGACCAAGAGGAAGCGUUCCUCUUCCUCGGUGAAAGUGAAGCUGGCACAAGCGCCAAGCGGGAGUCCCGCUCAGGAAGCUCCAAAGAAGAUCAGGAGGAGGAGGACGGAUCGCGGAUGCGUCAAACUGACUGGGUGAACGAGAGAGGUGACAAACAUGUGCUGGACGGAAAACAGAGGGACAGUCCGUUUGAUGCAUGGAUGCGGUGUCUGGGCGCGUCCUCCGAAGACGGUGCGGGCCUGAAGGCGAGCUCGGGCGCCUCUGAGAUGGCGCCACAGAGGCCACCUGGCGAAGUGGGCAUGCUUACGUCGCUUCUUGAACAACUCGCCAAAGGCACAGGCGCACCAGCGAGCGACUCGAGCGUCCCGCUCCAGCCGGAGACACCGAUACCUGAAGACAUCCGAGGGGCUCUCGCGCUGUUGGCUGGAGCUGGUUCGAAGGGGCCAAGCGGGGAACCGGUGAAGGAUGGAAUGCACGGUUCAGUUGCCAACAGAGACUUACUGACGAUGGCAAGCGCACAAGAUGGGAGCGGGCUGGAAGAGGGAAUUGGUCAAUUGAGUCCCAUGGAGCGUUGUGAAGGCGAUUCCGGCGAUGAGCCAGCUGUGGCACAUGAGCACAGGAAAAGAAAUCUGGAGUAUGAGGGGCACGAUGACGGAGCAAAUGAACUCAGCAACAAUUCCGAAUUCGAUAUUGCUUUGUUGAACAAAAAGAUGAGGACAGGCUGA